CGCCGUAUAAAUAUAAACGUUUAUUGUAUACGUACGUACGAGCAGUACGCACAGACGAAUUUGGAUUUUGACGAUUGUAAAUAUCAUCAACAUUUUAGAUUUUGGGAGUGCUUAAAUCAAGUGAAACAUCCCUGAUGAAUAAGCGAAGCAGCAAGGUCCGCGUCUUUGUACGCACCAGGCCGACGGACAAGUUUGCUCAGGAUAUGAUUGAGCUCAAUCCAGAUGGCAAGACUGUCAAUAUCCAUGCCAAGAAAGAUGUAAAGAGAGGCGUGGUCAACAAUCAGAUGUUGGACUGGUCAUUUAAGAUGGAUGGAAUUCUUCAUAAUGCUAGUCAAGAUAAGGUGUAUGAAGAAGUGGCUUCCCCUCUUGUCACACAGCUACUUGAUGGCUAUAAUGGGACGUUAUUGUGUUAUGGUCAGACUGGUGCGGGUAAGACAUACACAAUGACUGGAGCAACCGAGAACUACAAACAGAGAGGAGUCAUCCCCAGGGCUAUAGCACAGGUUUACAAGGAAAUAGAGGAUAGACCAGAGCAAGCGAUCACUGUUCGUAUCAGCUAUUUAGAGAUCUACAACGAGACCAUGUUUGACCUCUUAUCGACCCUGCCUUACAGCAUUCAGGGACUUCCCCAGAUGACGAUCACAGAGGAUGAGUUUGGUAUCAAUAUCAAAGGCUUGAGCGUUCAUCUAGCUCACAAUGAAGAGGAGGCCCUUAAUCUGCUCUUUGAGGGUGAGACCAACCGUGCCAUCGCCUCUCAUGCUCUGAACAGCGUCUCUUCUAGAUCUCACUGUAUCUUCACCAUCCAUGUGGAAUCAAGAUCCAGAACCGAGUCCAAUGCUAAAUACAUCCGAAGCAAGUUCAACCUGGUUGAUCUCGCUGGCUCAGAGCGGCUUAGCAAGACAGGGUCUGAAGGUAAGACUCAGCAAGAGGCUGUCUACAUCAACAAAUCCUUGACAUUCCUAGAGCAGACGACCAUUGCAUUGGCUGAUCGGAGACGAGAGCAUAUACCGUACAGGCAGACCAAGCUAACACACUGUCUCAAAGAUUCAUUGGGUGGGAAUUGUAACACCAUCAUGAUAGCCAACGUGUGGGGAGAAGCCAAGCAGAUAGAGGAGACCAUCUCAACCAUGCGCUUCGCUACAAGAAUGAUGUGUGUCGCUGUGAAUCCAGCUGUCAACGAGUUCUUUGAUCCGGCAUUGCUGGUCAAGAAACUAGAGAAAGAGAUCAGGCAUUUGAAGCAUGAACUCACUAUGCAUGAUACGCUGGCCAACCGAAGCCAGGUGAGUUACGAGCCACUGUCAGACACUCAACUCUUAGAGGUCAAUAACCAGGUACGACGUUACCUCGAUGGCUCACUGGACGAGAUCGAUAUCGUCAACAUACGACAGAUCCAGAGCAUCUUUGGCACAUUUAAAAGCAUGGUUAGUCAGAUGGACAGUGAGGUUGAAAGUCGUCUAAGGCAGAAGUAUACCAUCAUCGAUCGCAUGGAUCCUAAUGCUGUAGCUGCUGCACAGAAGGCUGGAGUAGUGUUUGAUGAGGAUGGUGGUGCUACGUAUGUAGGAGAGGUUGAUGGACAAGGCUUUGGUAUAGGAGUUGCUCCAGCCUCAUCUAAACCAGCACAUUCAUCUGUUGUGUCGGCGAGAAAGGGAAGAGGAAGGAAAGCUAAGGAAAGGGGAAGCCCUCAACCUAAAGGUGUCUCAAGCCCUUCACCUACCAUGGAACGUGCCUCACCUGUCAGGAAUGGUAACGUUGGACCAGACACUAAAGAGUCUGCAAUCCGCACUGAGACGGCCUCGGUGGCAGGGUCACAGGGCCCAGCAGCAGAGGGCGGUGCACAGGGAAGAGCCACUCCGCCACUCAGGACGGUUGCGUUUGAGGAAUUCAAACAUGAGAAAGGCAAGGAGAUCAACAAGAUACUUGUGGAAAACAAAGACAUCCUGAAGGCCAAGAGGAAAGAUUGCAGAGACUUAGCCAAGUCGAUCAACAUGACCAAGCAGGAGAUUGAUGUAACGCGAAAUACUAUUGAGAAACUAAGGCAAGAGAAGGCUGAACAAGGAGACUUUGUGAAUGAGGAAGGUGAGAUGGUGAUUAGCGAGGAGGAGUUUCAGAUGAUCAGGAAACUAAAGGAACUCAAAGCAUCCUACCGUGGUGAUUACGAUGCCCUACGGCAGAUCAAAUCAGAGAUCCAGUACUGUCAGAAGCUUGUAGACCAGUGCAGACAGAGACUUGUUAAUGAAUUUGACAACUGGUAUAGUGAAUGUUUCUUGACAACUGAAGAAGGCCAGAGUAGUGCAGUGGCAGGGGUUGGAGCAAGACCAGGAACUCAGUAUGACAUGCCUGAAGAUGAAGGAGAGAAAUUUGAAAGACUUCAAUCCGAGCUUCUCAUGGAGAAUCCUGACUCGGCCUCCUUCUACAAUGCUAAGAUGAGAACCGAUAGACGGCAAAUCUUGGAGAGUGCUGUGAAUCAACCACAACCCCACGCAUCAUCGAACCGUCCAAGAGAUGUAACCUCUCCAACGAUCACCAUCCGCAACAAGCCACCAUCAAUGAUGAUCCUUCAGAACUAGCCGCAUUAAUCUAUCUGCCAUGAACGUUAUCAGUUCAACAUAUGCAUGGGACUUGCAGUAGCUGCGUGUCCAUUCAGAGUUAUCGAUGCCUCAUAGGUCGCAUAAGCAUUUUCUGAUUGCUUUUAUUUUCAAUAUCUAUAAAUGGUGACAAUUAACCAUCCAUAUUCAAGUUCUGAAAAAUCCAUAAAAAAAGCACUUUACAUAGUACUGGUCAAUUCAGGUGAGCAAUUAACAUAACGAUGCCUUAGUAUUUUUUCUUGUUGAAGCCAUAACCACUUGUGCACUGAGUAUUGCUAUCAUAUGGUGGAGAAUCGUUCAGAGGAUUAGUGCACUUGGCUUCUUCUGUAAACAAAGCAAUAUCAAAUUAAUUUAGUCUAUGUGAUUGGUAACACGAAACUCUUAAUCGUGCUAGGAGAAAUGCCACGUUUAUGGAAUUAUUCUAAUAUUUGGAAGGUUCAAAGAUGAUGUUGAUUAUUCAAGGUGCAUUGAAGACUAAUAAACCACAUUGCAACCAGUUCAAAACUUGAUUUGAUCGUAAACACUUCUAAUCUUGCACAUAAGACUAAUUUGGAAGCUUAAUAGGGUAAAAUAAAGUCAAAUUUCAUUUAUCUUUCAUCUUUAUAUAUGAAAUUCAUCUGUGAUGGGCAAUUGAGUUUUCUGUAUGGUUUAUAAGAAUGAUGUUGCAAUAGUUGAGGUUGUGAAAUUUCCAUUUCUUAGAAAGUCUCUCUGUUACGGUACAUGUAGCAGAUUUCUCACUGUAUAGGAAAGUAUGUGUGUGCAAAAAUCUAGCUUUGCUCAGGAUAGCUAUCAUGUGAACCCGGACGAGGCUACCCUGUUAUUGACAUGGAAAUAAUCAAACCCUAUGAGGACCUGCUCAGAUGUGUAGACUAAAUCCAAAAUAUCUCAAUUCAAUUCAUUCCAAAAGUUAUUGGUCAUGCACAACAAAAAUCAUUCUCUGAAUGUUUUUGUUAAAAGAACAAAAUGUCAAAUGUAAGAGAUGUAGAGGUAGGAUUAUGUCAGAGAUCUGCAUCUGUGUUCCCAUAACAAUUUAUUGGAACAUUGGAGAUUCUUUCUGGAGUUGUAUAUAAAUGUAUAUAAUAUACAAGUAUAUGUAAAUAAUUUAAUGUAUAUUUGCUUGAAAAAUCAGAGCUUGUCAAUGUAAGUUUUCUUCAUCUAAAUUAUUGUUAUGUUAUCAUUGGUUACUUUGUGCAGCCUUGCAGCAGAGAAAGCUGAGAUGUAUGGACAUCUGUUCACAUUGACUUUGAAGUUUUAGGAUUUUUUCGUUUAGAAAUAAGUGAUCCAUUAUACAUUCUUUUUACAUGUUUAUAAAUUAAAGGAUAAUGAUGAGAGAUACUAUAUGUUAGGAUUCAUUUAUCACUAGCAUGCAUGUAGCUUAUGUGUAUCUUUAGUAUUGUAAUCAUUGGAGCCAUGCCAAGACUGGAUAUUUCAAAAAUCUAUGUUGACCAUCCUCGUUCCCUUGGUGUAGAUUAUUUCAGACAACUACAAAAAUUAGUCAGUAAAAUUGGUUAGUGAAAUUGGUUAGUAAAAUUAGUUAGUAAAAUCAAGUCUAUUGGCUGCUCCAGUGGGGAUUCAGUAGGCAGCAUAAAAAUCUCAAUCGUAAAAAAAAAAUCAUGAUAUGUUUAAAUUUUGUAAGAUGUUCAAGACAUUUCUCAUACAUUUACAUCUGAUAAAAGUUAUCUUUGAUCCGAGAUUCAACCUUGUAGUACUAAGGGCAAGACAACCCUGAUAUUAACAGUUUGCAUUCAUUCAAAGCAGAAUAUUAGAGCUGGAAGCAGUUUAUCGAUGAAUAUUGUAGAAACAUUAAACAAUUGUGGUAAAAGGGUCACUGUGAAAGUCGAUCAAUAUGAAUAUUCAAAUCUAAUUUUGUUGAAAUUGGUAAUGUGAUUGCUCGCAGAAUGUCAAAGAUUUGUUCUCUCUUUACAAAAAUAUAUAGAUAAGGGAAGAGUGAUCUCUGGUAGUUUACAAAGAUAGUUCCAGUACAGUCAGAUCUGUCUUAGCAGCCACCUGUAUAUAGAGACCACCUGUAUAUAGCAGUCACAUGUAUUGUCUCUCUACGGAAUGAAAUAUAUGUUGAAGAACCUGUCUAUAAAGGCCACCUGUCGAUAGUAGCCACAUUUUGUGUGUCCCUUGGCUAGCAUAAAUAGACAGGUUUGACUUUAUAAGAACUUAGAAAUUUGGCAGCUUUGAGAAAAUUUAGCAGACUAAACAAAUGGGAGUAUUUUGGUUUAGAAAUUUAUAUUAGAUCUUCACUGUUAAAAAAUCUUACUUUUUCACUGAUUGCAUUGUUCUCAAAUUUUGCAUACAUAUACAUUUGCUUCUCUAAUUUCUGCUUCAAAUUAAAGUAAUCUGUUUUUAAAUAUUUAAAUCCCUUUGAACUGCAAAUGAACAAGCCAUGAAGUUUCAAUGUCAAGUUCUUUCCAUGAAUAGUGUGUUUAAGGAUCGCCGUAUAUGAUGAAGAGAAGUCUUCAUAUGUAUUACUGUAAGCCUAUUUCAGUGUGUGCAUUGUUCCGUCCAGCAUGCAUUGUUUUUGUUUCUUGGUAUACAGUGUCUCUUUUCAGCUCAUGCAUACAUGUCUGGAAAAAGAAUGUAAAAGAUAUUGAGACGAAAUUCAGAAUAUUUGCCUUUAAUUUUGUUUUAUAUAUUUUCAUUUAUACUACUCUCGUCAAUCAUGCGAGAAUUUGCUUUUUAUAGUUGUAUCAUAUACAUGUUACAAUAAAUGUGAAAAUUGUCCAUAUUCAAACAA